AGUCGUCAAAAGAGCACGCCUAACUCUUUAGCAGAUCUGUUUUUCUCUUGCUUUCUUUUUUCUCCCAUUAGCGAUCUUAGUAAAGAAGGAUGAGGAAGCUAAAGUUCCACGAGAAAAAGCUGUUGAAGAAAGUUAAUUUCUUGGAAUGGAAAAGAGAAGGUGGCCACCGAGAGAAUCUCAUAAUGCACCGUUAUCAUGUCACUGGUCGUGACGAUUAUAAGAAAUAUUCAAGUUUGUGCCGGAUGGUGCAGAAGUUGGUGAAUAUAUUGAAGCAGAUGGAUCCCCGAGACCCUUUUCGAAUCGAGAUGACCGAUUUGCUGUUGGAGAAACUAUACAAUAUGGGCGUAAUCCCAACCAGGAAAAGCUUGGCUCUAUGUGAUCGGUUAUCGGUAUCAUCUUUUUGUAGGCGUAGGCUCUCAACUGUUUUGGUGCACCUAAAGUUUGCAGAGCACUUAAAAGAAGCAGUCACAUAUAUCGAGCAGGGACAUAUUCGAGUCGGUCCAGAUACAGUUACGGACCCGGCAUUCCUUGUAACAAGGAACAUGGAAGACUUCAUUACGUGGGUAGACACAUCCAAGAUACGUAGGAAGGUGUUGGAAUACAAUGAGAAGUUGGAUGAUUAUGAUGCCAUGAACUGAAAUGAAAUGUACACCUAUGUUUAACCUAUAGAACAAUAUUUUCGGGCAUUAUUAGGCAUUGUUUACAAAUAUUUAG